GGGGAGCGGUGCCAGCGCUUUGUGACACCCCAGUGGUGGCUUCUGGAGGCCAACAUUUCGGCGCCCAACGGCUCUCAGCCGGAGACGGAGCCGUGCGGCGAUGGUUGGACCUACGACCGCAGCGUCUUCACCAGCACCAUCAUCACUGAGUGGGACCUGGUGUGCAGCUCCCGGGGGCUCAGGCAGCUGGCGCAGUCACUCUACAUGGCUGGAGUCCUGGUGGGCGGCGUCUUCGGGGGGCUCUCGGACAGGUUUGGCCGCCGCUUGGUGCUCACCUGGUGCUACCUGCAGAUGGCCGCCAUGGGCACCUGCUCGUCCUUCGCGCCCACCUUCACCGUCUACUGCCUGUUCCGCUUCCUGACGGGCAUGGCCUUCUCGGGCAUCGUCCUCAACAGCGUCUCCCUCUCGCUGGAGUGGAUGCCGACACACAUGCGGGCACUGGUGGGGACCUUCAUGGGGUACUGCUACACCGCCGGGCAGUUCCUGCUGGCCGGCGUCGCCUUCGCCAUCCCUGACUGGCGCCAGCUGCAGCUCGCGGUGUCCCUGCCCUUCUUCGGCUUCUUCCUCUACUCCUGGUGA